UAUCCGAACAAUUGGUGUGUGUGAAAUUGUUUUUGGGGGAUCCGGGAGUAAAGUAUCCGUAUAAAAGAGUGUUGAUUGUGCCAUCGGGCGCUUAGUCCAUAUCUAUAAUUGGUGGCAAGUAUUGUGCUCUCAAGAUGAAGUAUUGGAUGUACCUGGGGAUCAUGGGAGUGCUCUUUGGGGAUAUUAUGGACUCCUGGGCAGAGGAAUAUAUUGAUAUGUGUCCGUGUUUGCCAGUUAAUAUGUGUCGUGGUGUUUUUCGUGCAUCACAUGAAGAUGAAAGGUAUUUCUCGCGGAUUUUGCAGUGUUCUGACGAAACCCAUACGCGCUGUUGUAGUUUUUCUGUUACCGUAUCUGCCCAAAAAACGGUAAAUGACAAGGAGUCACAGGAAACUGACAUAGCUACUACUGAAAAUGAAGUAAGUACAACUGAAAGUGCAGCAGAUGCAACUGACGAAAAUUCUACGGAUGAACUAAUCACUGAAGAAGCGAGAUUUGAUCGAGAUCUUACCACAGAAACUCCAACUGCCACAAUUGAAAAUAGAGAAAAUACUGAUGGUGUUCUCUUAAUCUAUCCAACGGAAGUUUCCAAGAAUAUAUCAUCGCAUCGCCUUAUGAGAGCCUUUGAAGGUGAUCAACCAGAAGAUGAACUUAUUCUUGUUUUCCCACAAGAAACCUCCCGAGAAACAAGGGCUACAACUUCUGAAGACGGUCCUAGUCUCACAACUCCUGAGAUUCCAAAACAAAUCAAUAGAUACAAGUAUAAUAACUCCAAUAGGAAGCGCUUUAUGCCAAUUCUCAAAAUCAAUGAAACCCAAACUGAACCCUCGCAUAUUUCGGAUGGAAAGCCCAUCUUCAAAGUAACCAAUAGCGAUAAUAGGCGUUUCCUUGAAGAAUUGUACAGAAAUCGAACAAGAUUUGGCACUCCAGCAUCGCAAAUUACAACAAGUACGACCCCUAGGGAGAGUGAAAUCCUAAAGAAUGAGAUUAUUCCUGAGACUUAUGUCACCGGAAAACCCAAUCAGAUGCCAGGGAAUUUUUCUAAACGUAAUUUAUAUUAUGAUCCAUCUAAGAGAAAAAGUUUCUUUAAGAAAAAUGGGACAAAUGAAAAUGAAGGACUUCCAGCAAAUAAUCUGCAAAACUUCAACACUAAGCAAAUUGUUGAUAACAAUCACCGUGAUAUGAUUGAAGAAGUGUUAAGUGAACUGAAAAAGGAAAGCAAUACUCUGGUUAUACCCCAGGAAGUUGCUGUGAGCCCGGCAAUAGCUGCUAAGAUAAGUAAUAUGCAGAAACGUCUCAUUGAGAAAAUUGUAGAUAAAAUUUCAACAAAAAUUGAACGAAGGGAGGACUUUGAAGAGAUAACAGCUACAACAAAACGAGAGCAGACGCGUCCCUUUCGAGGUUCUCUACGCUAUGUUGAUACUUUGAGAAAUGUUAGGGCAUCUUCAGCAGAUUCAAAGUCCUCUGGCAAACGUGACCAAUUCCAAGCGGAAGAACCUGGAAAAGUUCAUCAAGCAAAAGAGCCCUCAAUUGAAUCAAAGCGAUAUCGUAAAAAUUUGAAGAAAAAAACGGCUGAAGAUCAUACUGAAAAUUUCAUAAGCGAUACUUCACUUCCCAUUGAUUUCAGACCAUCUCCACUGUGGACACUUCAACGUGGAGAAGAUCCUUAUCCAAUUCCUCAAGUUCCACUUCAAGGCGGCACAAGAGAAUCCAGAGACAUCAUGCUAGACCAAGAUCAAUCCUGGAGACUAAGAGGAUUUGUGCCAAUUCCUCAGAUUCCCCGAACAACUCCAAUUGAAAUCAUAGGCCCAAUUCCUAAGAAAUUCACUCACAAUUCAUCCAAACACUCAUCUAAAACACCGAGUGAUCUACCCAGCGACAAUGUUCCUCUUCACUUCAGAAGAUUCACAGGAAAAGUAUUCAGCAGAAAAUAAAUACAAGAUAUUCUAAUUUAUUUGUUAAAAUAAAAUAUAAAUUGUAAUUUAAGUAAAAUGUCUCAAUAUAGACAAUAAAAGAGUAAAUGUUGGAUUUUACAACUUUCUAAGUA